CCACUCCACGCCCAGCCACACGCCCACCAUGGUGCUCCUCCACGUCCGCAACGACGUCGAGACGCAGUUUAUUGUAGAGACGACAACAUCAUCGUCGGUUGAUGAGGCCACCCGCCUGGUCAUUGAGACCCACAACGCCCGCCUCCGCCUCAUGCGCCUUGCUCAGGCGGUGGAUGACCUGGCGGCGUCGGGCCCUGUCGACGUCGACGCCGAGGCGGCGGCGAGUAGCAGCAAGGGCAAGGACGAGACCGACUCUGACGACGGCGAGGCGGGCGAGACCGACGAGGCCGACGCGGCGGCGGCGGGAGCGGUCCCGCGGGUCGGCGUCCCGCCGCCCGAGGACAUGGCUGAGCUGCUGCGGCGGGCAGCGGCGGAUGUGCGCGACGCCAUCGCUCCGGGCCUGGCCGAACGGCGGCAAGUGAUGCGGAUGGAGGCGCUGGCCGAAGCCGAGGAGCGGGUCAAGGGUUGUGUGGUCCUCGCCUACGGCGACGCCGGCGGCCUGCCGGAAACCGAUCCGGUCCGGCUCAUUCUCGACGGCAACGAGGUGCUUGACGGGACGCCGAUGGCGCGGAUGGUGUUUGACCCGGCCGAGGCUGUGCUGUGGUGGGCCAAGAAGCAGAUGACGCGCGGGACCGACGCCGUGCUCUCGGACUUUAUCGGACGAACGAGAAGACCAAGCUGGUGGUCAAGGUUCGCAAGAACAGCUCGCAGGGCGCGCCACCGCGCGACCCACCCAUCUCCGAGGAGGAGCGCAAGAACAUGCUUGCGUACUGGUACAAGCGCCAGGAGGAGGAAAAGGCCAUGGCCGAAGAUGACGAGGACUCGUAUCUUGCUUCCGAGUGGGCCAACCCGCGUGCGCUCAAGGCUAAGUUUACCGGCGUCAACAUCUCGCUGUGACCGUCUCGGCUCAUAUGGCGCGCUCUUGACCGCGCGAGUGCACGUGCCUCGCUGUGAGGCUGCGCGGGCCGUCCACCUCAUCAUUCCAGCCGCGAGAGCGCAACUCGGGUGACGAGGCCGUCAAAGGCCGGACCCUUCUCGAGGGCGCCGGCGGCGUCGAGCACGUAGGCCUCUCCCUCGAGGAGCAUGCCCGAGUUAUCCCACAACUCGGCGUGCGAAGCCGCGACAACGUUGCCGUCGUCGUCGACCAUGCGCGCCGCAAACGAGUUGAAGAACAGAUACGACGCCGUGUCUGGCCGGGCAAAGGUGCACGUCACGCUUGGCUGACCGUCGGAGCCCGGCUCGCCGACCUCGGCCACCGCCAGCCAGUCCUCGUUCGUC